AGUUGUAUUGAAAUUUAGUCCGUUUGUUUGUUAGCUAGCGGGCAGCGGUAAACACAGUUCUCUGAGCUAGUUACCUUUUUAUAAACGCUUUGUGUUGGUUGUUUAGUGUUUGUAAACAUUGAAUACUGACACGCGGUUAUUGUAUGUCAAGUGUGUUUCGUCGGAAUGAAUUUCUCCUGGAUAUGUAUAUAUAUGUUUUUGUUUAAUAAUUAACGUUUGGCUUGCUAGCUUGCUGUCCGGUAAUACAGCUAGAGUUAGCUAUUUUGUUUAGUUAUUAUUUUCAGUGGUAACUGUACUUAGUUAGCUAUGAUAACGUUACUCAUAAAUACGAGUGUGCCUUUUUUAAAGCAGUAGUUAGUUACGUACAACGGUUUUCGGUGUCUUUUCUAAACAAGAGCAGGCUUCCAUGAUGACACCAGCAUGCGACUGCUAAAGGCGACUCGAAUCAGGAUUUUUAUUGUUCAUAUGCAGUACUGUUGUUAGGAAGCUGUAAUAUCCAACCACACGUUGUGCUUGAGACCAUGGAGGAAAACGGAGAAACGAUAGAAUCGGACGAUAUCGUGAUCAUCGUGGAAAACGAGGCGGAGAGCAAGCCGAUUCAAGAGGCCAAGCCGAAAGAGGAGGGCAGUCUGGGCCUGCUGGACAUCUGUCCCCUGUGUAAGCUCAGUUUCCACAGCAGGGAGCCCAAACUGCUGCCCUGCCUGCACUCCUUCUGCAAAAGAUGCCUUCCUUCUUCAUCGAGGAGCCUGGCGUACACAGAGCAGGGCAUCAACCACCAGAUGCCAGCUGAUGGACAAGGCAAGCCAUCAGUGAAUGUGAUCCGAUGCCCAGUUUGUCAUCAAGAGUGCAUGGAAGUCGAGGUCUUGGAUAACUUCUUUGCCAAGGACACUAUGGAGGUUCCAAGCAGCACCGUAGAGAAGACCAGUCAGCUGUGUAUGAGCUGCGACGACAACACAGAGGCAACUGGUUUCUGUGUGGAGUGUGUGGAAUUCCUGUGUGUCACCUGCAUUGAGGCUCAUCAGCGUGUAAAGUUCACCAGAGAUCAUACGAUCAGACAAAUGGAGGAGAUGUCUUCAGAAGCAAUGGGUGCUUCCACACAGAAACCGGUUUUCUGUGAUAUCCACAAGCAAGAGCCUCUGAAACUGUUUUGUGAAACAUGUGACCGUCUCACCUGCCGAGACUGUCAGUUACUCAAGCACAAGGACCAUAACUACCAGUUUCUGGAGGAUGCAUAUAGAAACCACAGGGAACACCUAGAGAAGAUGACAGGCCAACUUCAGGAAAAAAGGAAGGCCAUUGGGGAGGUGUCUGACACGAUAAACAAUGGUCUUCAGCAAGUGGAUGAAAACCGCAAGACUGUCACCAAUGAGAUUAAAAAGGCCAUCUGCAAUCUAAUUAUGGAAAUAAACAGAAAAGGGAAGCUCUUAAUCAACCAGCUUGAGGCGCUGACAAAAGAUCAUGAAAUGGUGCUGAAGAAACAGCAGGAAGACAUCUCCUCCCUCACCAAGCAUCUUGAUCAUGUGAUUAGCUUCACAAAGUGGGCAACGGCCAGUAACAGUGGCACUGCACUCCUGUACUGUAAACGGCUGAUCUUGUAUCAAAUCCAGUACCUUCUCCGAGCAAAGUGUAAUACCUCCUACGUUCCUCAGAGUUCAGUUCGCUUCCAGUGCCGGGCUGCUUUUUGGGCUUCAAAUGUUGACCUUGGUUCCCUGGUGGUAGAGAAAAGCUCAGCUCGGCAGCCAAGUGGCCCCCAACCAUUUCCCUUCCAGCAGAUGAACCCUGGCCCCAGAGGUGAGGGACCCCCUUUGGCCCUCACAGGAUCUCAGGCUCAGCAGCACAGGCAGAGCACACUGGCCCAGCUGCAAAUGCAGGUUGAGAAACUCUCUCAGCAGCCGAGCCGACACGUAUCUCCCAGUCACUGGUCUUGGGGGAUGCGCCCUCCUGGGCAGGCACCAUCCUCUAGACCAAUGCAGGGAGGAUCACCUUCCCAGAAUUUAACCGGCAUGCCCCAGCAGGCUUGGAGGUAUGGCAACCCGCACAUUAAUACUAGAAGUCCCCCGACUCUGAUUCAGAACUCCAGCAUCCCACAACAGGUAAAGACCUUGAGGGGUCUCAUCAACAGUCCUAACUUCCCUCCUAAACCUAUGGAAGUGCUGCAAGGACCCUCUCGUUACUCCCAGAAUGCACCUCUCCAAAACACUGGUCCACUCACAUCUCAGGCCUCUUACAUGCAGAGAACCAUGAUGGAAGCCACAUACCUCAGCAGGAGAAGUGACCCUACAAUUUCCUUGUCACUGUCUGGCCCUAGGGCUAGUUUUGUUCACACUCUGCCCCCCACUGUGCCAGACAAAAGUGCUCCAGUAAGACAGAUUUCUCCUAUGUCUGCUCCUACCUCAUCAGAAGCAAGGACAGGGGCCGGUCCAUGGAAGCGUUCAGAGCCUCCAGCGAGUGGGCCAUCGAGCCUCACGACUAAGAGAAGGAGAAAGUCCUCUCCAGGGCCUGUCAUUGUAAUCAAGGAUGAGCCUGAGGAUGAUGAUGAAGUUCGGUUUGUCCAGACCUCUACCAAAGCUAGUCUUCCAGACAGCACAGGUGUGCAGUCUCAGACUCAACAGCAGGAGUCACCUCCCACAGAAGAGCAGCAGACAGAGAAAAGCCCUGAACCUGAGGAGGACCCUAAUGAGGACUGGUGUGCUGUGUGCCAGAAUGGAGGAGAGCUGCUCUGCUGUGACAAAUGUCCCAAAGUCUUCCAUCUCGGCUGUCAUAUUCCCACUCUCAAUGCAUCACCAAGUGGUGAAUGGUACUGCACAUUCUGCCGUGACCUGAACUCCCCUGAAAUGGAGUAUGACAUUGAUGGUGGCGGGGAGUCAAAAAACGUGAAGCCGGAUCCUGAUUCAGUUACCUUCACACCUGUGGAUAGACGAAAAUGUGAGAGACUGUUACUUCGCAUCUACUGCAAUGAACUCAGUACUGAUUUCCAGGAGCCUGUAACACCAUCGUCCAUGCCAGAAUACAACGAGAUUAUAAAAACCCCAAUGGACUUGUCUAAAGUGAGGAGCAAAAUGGAGGGCAAGGAGAGUCCCAGUUACAGGAGCACAGAAGACUUUGUGGCAGACAUGAGGCUAAUUUUCAAAAACUGUGCUACUUUCCACAAGGAGGACACAGAGAUGUCCAGUGUCGGAGCUAAUCUGGAGAGUUAUUUUGAAGAGCAGCUGAAACUCUUGUAUCCAGAUCGGACCUUUCCAGAUGUAAAGGCGGAGGAACCUGCUCCAGAACCUGAACCUGCACCUGCACCUGCACCUGCACCAGCCGCUCCAUCACCGAAAGAUACAGCAGAAGCAGCAACUCAGUCACCAAAAACACACUCAUCAGAAGCCCCUGCAGCAAAGGAGGAUGUGGAAGCUCCUAAUAAAAGCCCUCCAAAGGAGGAACCUCAGUUGGAUGAAACCGUGGAAAACACUGAGGGAACAGAGAAACCACAGGAAAGUUGUACUCCUGAAAAUACACCCAAGGAAGACAAUAAUAAAGAUCAGAAUGGGUGAUCAGUGCCACCCCCCCCCCCCUUCUUUCUCUCUCUCUUUCUUUUUUUUCGCUCUUUUUUUCCCCUUCUUUCUCUCUUUCUUUCUUUCUUCCCCUCCCUCUCCAUGGACACUUGGAGUGCUUACCACAUCACGGUGUAUUAAUUCUGCAAUAAUAAGAAUAUUGCAUACAAAAUGGUUAAAAAGAGCAAUACAGCUCAUUAGGGUAUGUAAAAUAGGCACAAUAAAUGCAGAUGUAAAAAUAAGUAAAUGAUUUUGUUUAUUGAAAUACAGGAUUACUUUGACACAUGCAAAAUUGCAUAUGUUAUUUGUGCUUCUAAAACAUGAAUGAUUGAUUUGCUUUAUAUAUUUAUUUGUCUUGUUCCCAGGUUUAAUUUGGUGCUCCAGAGAUGAGCAUGCUUAGAAAUAAAUUCAAUGAACUCUUGA